AUGGCGGCUAUUGCAAGCACAAACACAACAGGCUUUGACUGCCCGUCAUGGGCAGGAAAACCUCCACCUGGACUUCAUUUGGAUGUGGUUAAAGGAGACAAAUUAAUAGAGAAGUUGAUUAUAGAUGAGAAGAAGUUCUAUCUGUUUGGGAGGAACCCGGACCACUGUGACUUCACGAUAGACCACCAGUCGUGUUCGCGUGUUCAUGCAGCACUGGUUUACCACAGACACCUCAAGAGGGUGUUUCUCAUUGACCUCAACAGCACACAUGGCACGUUUCUGGGCAGAAUUCGCCUUGAACCCCACAAACCUCAGCAAGUUCCGAUCGACUCGACCAUGUCGUUUGGUGCAUCAACACGAGUUUACACACUGAGAGAGAAACCGCAGACGCAGAGUAGCUCCACCACAGGAGACAGUAAAGGAGUGGAGGAUGAGGAGCUCAAGGGCUUGCUGGGACUGCCAGAGGAAGAAACGGAGUUAGAGAACCUGACAGAGUUCAACACCGCUCAUAACAAACGCAUUUCUACACUCACCAUUGAAGAGGGAAACCUAGAGAUCCAGAGACCCAAGAGGAAGAGGAAAAGCUCACGAGUGUCCUUCAGCGAAGAUGAAGAGAUCAUAAACCCAGAGGACGUGGACCCUUCUGUGGGACGCUUCAGAAACAUGGUGCAGACGGCAGUGGUUCCUAUUAAGAAAAAGAAACUGGAAGGUCACAGUACGUUGGGACUUGACGAAAACGUAGCACGUCGGUUACAGAACUUCCCCCUCAGCGGAGGGCUUUAUGGCGACCUGCCGCCCACCAGCCAUGAAGCAGGAGGGCAAGGCGGCGGAGGUCAGGGAGGUGGUUCUGCCAUCACGGGUGGGAUGCCUCUACCCUUCCCCAACCCUGCUCCAGAGGUGGACGUCUCACCCACCACUGUGCAGCCUCCAGCCAUGCUGAACCCCACUCCUGCUCCCGGACCCUAUUCAGCAGAGCCCCUCAAUGAGCCUCGCAAGAAGAAAUACGCCAAAGAGGCCUGGCCUGGCAAAAAGCCAACCCCUUCACUGCUGAUUUAACAUGGCGCUCAGAAGGAUGGACACAGACUAUGUUUGGCACAUGAAGAUCACAUUGUUCAGGUUGUUGGUUCCAGAUGUCGUUUUCCAGCACUUCUGAUACAUACUACAAAUAUGUAAUGCUGCUUUUUAUUGCUUGAGGAUUUGCCAUUGGUUAUACACCAAUUAAACAUUUGAAACUGGCUGUAACUGCCGAGGAGAGUUAA